UUUCUAAAUUGUUUUAAGAUAUAAAAAAAUUAUCUGAUUUUUAAUUUAAUAACAUUACUUUAGUGAAAGUAUUUAACGGAAAGAUUAUAAUACAUUUAAAAUAAAAUUAUUACUAUAAUUAAGUUUUCUACUGAAUUCUAAGGAAAAAAUUGUUCGGAUUGACUCCCAUUUAAUGAUGAACCGUCACUGUGAAAAAUAUAAAUUUUAUCAGAAAAAUUAAGAAAAUAUUAUGAACCAUGAGUAUAAGAAUUUGCCAUAAAACCACUUACCUUUGGAUGUCUAUUUAAAACUGCUUUUCAAAUUCAUCGAAUUUGUUGUGUAACAUCGCAAACUAUUAAUUUUUAAACAUAGAAACGCUGAUAAUAUGAGCAAUCUAUUUUAAAAAGUAACUUUCUAAUACAAAAUUUUUAAAAAUACACUUUAAAUUUUUUUAUAAUACUAUUUUAUAGUCAACUUAAAUACAAACAUUGUCAACUUAAAUAACCAUUAAAAAUUUCAAAAUAACAAAGCAAACUCUAUAAAAUUUUAUUAAAAUUUUUGACAUAAAAAAUUUUUUUCUUCAAAAAUAAUAAAAAACGAAAAAAAAAUUUAAAACUGAAAAUUUGGAAAAAAAUAAUUUUAUAAAAAAUAAAAUAAAAUUUUUCACAUUCAAUCCUUAAGAAAUGCAAAACUUUAAAAAACUUUUAAGUUGAUGGGAUCUUGGAAUUUAAUUGGAAUUCUCCUCCUGUUAACAAUAACAGCCGGAGUAUCAACUCCUAAUCAUCAUCAAAAUAAUGGUAAUUCAUUAUUAUCACAUCAAAAACAGCAUCAGCAACAUUCACAUAGCAACUCAAAUCGUCAACAUAGCAAUUUAAAUAGUUUUGGUAAUAAUGGAAAUGGUGAAAUUGGUACAAAUGGUUUUUCAAUUGGAAAUGAUAAUGGAAGUGGUACAAAAUCAUUUACACCAAAUAAACAAGAUCCUUUAGCAGAUAGCAAUAGUAGUGGUGCAGAUAAAAGUGGAUCAACAGCCUUAAAUGCUAUUGUUGAAGAACCAGAAUUUACUGAACAUAUUGAAAAUGUUACAGUACCGGCUGGACGUAAUGUUAAACUUGGGUGCUCUGUUAAAAAUUUGGGAUCAUAUAAGGUAGCGUGGAUGCAUUUUGAACAAUCAGCAAUAUUAACAGUACAUAAUCAUGUCAUCACUAGAAAUCCAAGAAUUAGUGUAACACAUGAUAAACAUGAUAGACAUCGGACAUGGUAUUUACAUAUAAAUAAUGUACAACAAGAGGAUAAAGGACGUUAUAUGUGCCAAAUAAAUACGGUAUCAGCUAAAACACAAUUUGGUUAUUUAGAAGUUGUUGUACCACCAAAUAUUGAUGAUUCACUUAGUUCGAGUGAUGUUAUUGUUAGAGAAGGUGCAAAUAUAUCAUUAAGAUGUAGAGCAACUGGAAGUCCUUUACCAAGUGUUAAAUGGAAACGUGAUGAUAAUUCAAGAAUAUCAUUAAAUAAAAAUCAUUCAGUUUCUGAAUGGGAUGGUGAUACAUUAGAUAUAAUUAAAAUAUCAAGAUUAGAUAUGGGUGCAUAUUUAUGUAUAGCAUCAAAUGGUGUACCACCAACAGUAUCAAAAAGGAUAAAAGUUAGCGUUGAUUUUCCACCUAUGUUAUUAAUACCACAUCAAUUAGUUGGAGCACCAGAAGGUUUCAAUGUAACUAUAGAAUGUUUUACAGAAGCACAUCCAACAUCAUUAAAUUAUUGGACAAGAGGUGAUGGACCAAUUAUUCAUGAUUCCAAUAAAUACAAAGUUGAAUCGAUAGUCGGUGCUCCAGCAUAUAAAACACAUAUGAAAUUAACAAUUAUUAAUGUUAAUGCAGGUGAUGAUGGAAUGUAUAAAUGUGUUGCAAAAAAUCCAAGAGGUGAAACAGAUAGUUCAAUACGAUUAUACAUAUCAACUCCACCAACAACACCUCAAGGCUUUACAACCACUGAUUGGAAUGAAAAUCCAAAUAAUCCAUAUCAACCAAAAUUUAUAUAUAAUCCAAAUGAUAAAAAUACAAAAUAUCAAUCUGUAUUAAAUGAUUUUGGUAAUGUUAAUGGACAAAAAUCAAAUAAUAAUUUCGAUAAAACACAAAAUGGUAUUGGUUGGCCGGCAUCAUCAUCAACAUCAUUACAUGGUAGUGGUAAUAAUAAUAAUAAUGGUAUAGAUCACGAUAAUAAUGGUAAUAGUCGUAGUUGUAGUGAUAGUAUAUUUAUUAAAAAAUAUUUAUAUUAUCAAUAUUAUAAUCAUCAUCAUCAUAAUCAUCAUGAUCAAAAUCAAUCAAAUUUAAAAAUUAAUUUAAAAUUUAUAGAAUGGCUUUAUAUUUUGAGUGCAUUAAGUCGUAUUAUAAUUUCAAUUUGCUAUUUAUAAAUAUUUUAUAUACAUAUAUAUAUAUAUAUAUAUAUAUAUAACAUAAUAUGUACUGUAUAUUAUAAAAUAUAUAAAUAUCUAUGAAUAAUUUAUAAAGUAUAUAAUAUUAAUAAU